AUGCAUGCAUUUUUUGAUGGUUAUAUAUCCGGUCGAAGCUCUCUAAAGCAGUUCGUCAAGCAGUAUGAGUUAGCCUUGCGAUUUAAAUAUGAGAAGGAACUUCAAGCAGAAGCUGACUCACGAAAAAAGCAUGCAGCGCCUUGUAGUGGUUUUGAUUGGGAUUUGCAGCUUCAAACCCAUUAUACUCGACCUAUUUAUGAUGCCUUUGCAGCAGAGCAUUUGAAGCGGUUGUACCACUGUGAAAUUGAAAGACACCAUGACUUCAAUGUCGUGGAGGGAGUUGAGAAGUACAGUGUAACAAAUUAUUCCAUAGCUAAUGAUUUUCAUGGAAAUCGAUUUGUUUACAUUGUGGAAUAUCGGCCACGGAAUCAAUAUUUGGAUUGCAAUUGCAAGAAUUUUCAAAGUGAAGGUGUUGUUUACUGCCACAUUUUAAAGACUAUGUCUCCUUGUAGAAUUAAAAUGUUUCAUGACAGAUAUAUUUUACGCCGGUGGAGAAGGGACGUAAUUUGA